AUGUGGUGUCUAGGUGGUGGCUCGGGUCUUAUUAAACACCUCCUUAAGAUCCAGAUAAUCCUUGGGAACUCCAGAAAGAUCUGGAAACUCAGAGAUUUGAUCCCAACAGCGUCCUCUGGCUGCGUCUUUGUGCCGCCACAAGGUGAGGAGGACAUUAACUGUGCAGACGCUCACUUACUUUGGAUUCUCACAGGUGUUACCGUCAUGAUGCUCACUGGUUUCCUCUUUCUGCUCUUCCUCACAGAUGGGGUGUUUCCUGAGCGUAACUGCAGUUAUCAGGAUGUUUUAAACCAUCUGAAGCUGACCAAACACAAUGAGCUGUAUUCAAUGACCCGGCCCGUUAAAAAUUACAAACGCUCCACACGGGUUUCCCUGGAAGUGCUGCUCUACGCCAUUCUGGAUGUGGUUGAGAAAGAGCAGAAAUUCAUCCCUUAUGUUUGGACUGUCAUGAGGUGGCACAAUGAAUACAUAUCCUGGGAUCCAAAUCAGUUUUGUGGAAUUGAUAAUGUUUCUCUUCCUGCUGAAGUUUUGUGGAAGCCAGAUAUCACUAUUGAAGAAAUGACAGAGAAGGACAAAGCCCCUCUGAGUCCUUAUCUCACCAUCAAUGAUAAAGGUGAUGUUGAAGUCCAGAACGACCAGGUGCUGGUCAGCACCUGCAGGAUGCACAUUUACAACUUCCCCUUCGACAUACAGAACUGCAACCUCUCCUUCAAGUCUGUCAUACACACCGCAAAGGACAUUCGGCUUCAGCCAAGCGACAACUCUUCAGAGGCCACAGAGUGGUCUCGAGAGGUGAUGCGGACACAGUACGAAUGGCUGUUCCUCAACAUGACAGUUACUGCCAACAAUGCCAGCAAUUUGCUCAGCCAAGACAUUAUCAUUUACACUGUACUAUUUCAGGCCCAUCAACUAUCUGACUCGAACAUCAUUUCACAGAUCACCAUGAAGAGACGGUCUCUCCUCUACAUUGUCAACUUCUUGGUACCCGUCCUGUUCUUCCUGUGUCUGGAUUUGGCCUCCUUCCUGAUCUCAGACAGCGGAGGCGAGAAGCUCAGCUUCAAGGUCACUGUGCUGCUUGCUGUCACCGUGUUACAACUUAUUCUGAAUGAAAUUCUGCCUUCCUCUUCAAACAGGAUACCUCUUAUAGCGGUCUACUGCAUUGGGAUUUUUGCUCUGAUGCUACUGAGCCUCCUGGAGACAAUUUUUGUGAUGCAUCUGAUGGAGAAAGACUCCAAAGCAUCCCAAGACAACAAGGCAGAUAAAGGCCGGAGGGAGGACUGUAACAAAAAAGGCAAGGCCAACUUCAACAACUGUCACAGAGAGGAGCAAGAAUGGACACAAUGUGCGUGUAUUUAUGAUGUGUCUACGUGUGAAACUCCAUCUGAACUGCUGCCUGUGACCAAAGAGGGCAACAGCAGCAAACUGAUUGAGGAGUAUCAUGGCUUGGAUAAGCUCUCAGAUGAGCUGAAGGAGAUGGAGAAAACAUUGUUCCUGCUCCUCAGCAACACAAAGGAAGAGGAGAAGCCCGGGUACUGGACCAGAGUGGCGAAAAAAGUUGUCUAG